ACGUCGCGACGCGUGUUCGAUGACACGCGUGCAAAAGUGCAAAUGCGCGUAGCAUCGGCGUCUCGCACAUAAUUCUGACAGGCAGUUCGAAUAAUUAAAAAUCAGAUCGAUUCGUCGUCCGGUUGCGGGCUCCGAUACAGCCGAUAUACAAAAUAAGAAUCGGAUCGGCCGGGUCGCGGAUGAGCGCCGUCGUCCCUUGCAUACGUGGCAGCGGCCGGCAGCCAAUGAGAGGAGCGGGUGGCCGAUAGGCGUGGCUUGUGGCGCCUAGCACAGCUCGCUCUACGUCCGGCCGCCAUAGCGCUACGAGGGAUCGAGUCGUGCGCGUGUAAUAAUUCGCACAGCUUCGUCGUGCUCGCUCGUACGAAUUCUCGCGAAUCGCGUUCGCGGCGAGGAAGUCGUGGCAAGUCUUCUGAUCCCGCGACGAUCCUGCCCAUCUUAGGAGGUUGUCGUCUCGGUUCCGUUCCCGGAAGACCGCGGAAUAAUAAACAGCAGCCUCGUAAAAAGAUAAGAGAGUGAAAAUGGAUAUCCAGACAGGACUUGUGUACAUUGGAAUUGUCGUCAUCUCUGCUGCAGUUAUCGCUUCUAUAUCAAUGUUUGGUAUAAAAGAGAAGUCUUAUGAAGAAGCAAUCGCCGAGCAGAGGAAGCUUCCUGAUGAUUUAUUGUCAAAUAAAAAGGAUAAAAAUAAAGAAAAGAAACACAAAAAUAAGGCUGGGAAGAAAGUAAAAGAGAAGAAAGAAGAGAAAGAUGAAAAGGAUGAUAAGGAUGAAAGGACAGAACAUGUACAAUUUGAAGAGACUCCCCAAAUACUGCCUCCUGAACCACCAGUACAAGAGAGUAACAAAGGCAAUAAGAAGAAAGGAAAAGUUGAAAAGAUAAAGCCAAUCCUCGUAAAUAAAGACGAGCCAUUGGUCAAUGUGACUGAAUUGAAUCCCUUACAACUUCCCUUGGCAGAAGCUAAUCAUUUUGACCUCAUUCAUCCAAAGGAUGACCUUGAACUCAUACGGAGUCAGAGUAGAGAGAAUCUUCAGCAGAUUAUUCAAACGGAGACAGCAGAGAAAGCCAACAAAUCACCAAAGGAUACACCAACAAAAUUGAAGAAAAAUAACAAAGACACUGUAAAGAAGAAGGAUGAAAACACUAAAGAUGAGAAACAGGACUCUAAUGCUCAUACUAAUGCGUUCUCUAAUAAAGAAGCUAUGAAAGAAGUGAAGGAGCAGCAGAAAGAGACGCCAGUUAAGGAAGUAAGAGAAGUUAUUAAAGAAGUUGUGGUCCAGCAACUAUCAAACAAGGAGCCCAAAAAGACCAAAAGAAAGAAUGACAUUUUAUCUCAAAUUGAUGGAGAUGCUGUCAAUGUUGAAUUAUUGAUGCUAUGUAUUCAGAAGGCUGAGCUUAGUCGAUCUGAAAUACAGAUUCUCACUAAUCAACUCUUGAAUAAGCAGCAGGACAACCCGUUAGAGCAUUCAGAAUGGACGGAGGGUCGUGCCGAUCCUGUUAUCAAGCUAAAAAAGCAAUUAGCGGAGAAGGAAAAAGCGUUGGCUGAUGAACACGAAGCGAGCGUGGCUUUCCAAAAUAAAUUGAAGGAAUUACGAGCUGAGUUUAAUUCUGAGAAAUCUCGGCUUUUAGCGAACGUCAGACAGCUUGAAGAAUCGCUGAACGCCAAAAUUACAGAGACUCAGACCUCGCACACUCGAAUGCAACAUAUUUUGGAAAGCCAUGCCGCGGAAAAACAAGGUUUCGCCAGGCAAAUCGAACAGCUGCAAACCAAAGUGAACGAAGAUGCGGCUAUCAUUCAUAAAUUGCAAGAGGAUCAAGGACAAACUCAGGGCCACUUGCAACAGGAGUUGAUGGCACAGCGUAAGCAAAUGGAAGUGCAAUUUGCUCAGAUGCGCGAGAACGAGAACGCGUUGAAGACUCAGCUGGCCCAGAAACACGUAGAGGUGCAGGAGUUGCAAAACGAGCUGCAAGCGACUUGCGAGAGCAGUACUGCGGAAAUAGAGAUGUUACGUCAACAGUUGGCUAUAAUGCAAGGUCAAUUGAUGCAUUCAGAAUCACAAUUGCAACAUUUCAAGGAAACGAGCGAUCGGCUACAGGACGUUGCCAGGCAACUUGAGGAAUCCCAUUGUGCACAUGCAGACUUGGAUCACAGGUUGAAAAACGCGCAUCGGCAUGAACAGGAGUUGCAAAAGCAAGUAAAUUCGCUGCAGGCCGAGUUGAAUCUUGUGAAAAGUGAAGCCAAUGAAGCGCCUACUUUAAAAGUGGAACUUGGCAAGGCUCAAGCUGAACUGAUGAAAUUAAAGUCAGAAUUGUCAGUUUCGUUAAAUGAGGCGAAAUCGGAAGCUGUCGAAAUAACAGCUUUGACAACCGCUUUGAAUAAUAAAGAGGAUGAAUUGAAAAAAUCUCAGGACAAAUUCAACAUCGUACUGAACGAUCUGCAACAAUCCAACGCGCAAGCCACGCGUAUGGAAUCCAAAGUGAAUUCUAUGCAGAAGGAAAUGGAUAUGUUGAAGGUCGAUUUUGAGAAAACGGAACGAAAUUUGAAAGAGGCGAAGAACAACGCGAACAAGUAUCAAAACGAGAUGCAAAGGAUUCAAGAGACAUUGGCAGGCGUACAAGCGGAAUUGACUAAUGCUCAUACUCAGAUCAAGGAGGCCAAUGGAACUACGAGCGAAUUGAAAGCUCUACAAACUGAAAUCAAUAGACUACAAAACAGUGAGAAAAAAGCGGGAGAAGCACAAUUUCGAAUUAUGACACUACAGGAAGAAAAUGAUAGACUGCGUGUUGAACUUGCAGAUGCUAUAGAAAAACAGAAGGAGCUUCAACAACAGCGUGAGCAAGAAAAAAUCCUUACAAAUAUAUUAGCCGUUACUACCGAACCUCCGCAUAUUAAUUCGGAAGAGAAAGCUUUACUGGAGUCAUUAAAAACUGAGUUAACGCAUAAGGAGGAAGAGCUCAAUAAAGUAAAUGAACGGAUACAUGUAUUAGAAAAUGAUGCAAACAAACAUCAACGUUUUAUUAACCAACUAGAAGAAGCUUUGGAAGUCCAGAAGUCCAAAAAUAAUGAAUUACGCACAAAGAAUUGGAAAGUGAUGGAAGCUCUUACUGCUGCUGAAUCGCGUGCCAAAUUUAAUGGUGAAAAAGAUAUCAAAGAAACAAAACAAAAAGUCAAAGAGGAGCAAGAAGAAAUAACUAAGGCUCUUCUACAGAGGAUAUUCCCAGAAAUUAAAGUGUCUGAGAAAACUCAUGAACAAUGGCUUAAAACUUUCGAAGAUGAAGUAAGCACUAUUAUAAAUGAGUUAAAACAGACACAUAAGGAUCAAAUAAAUCCAGAAUUGGAAAGGCAAAAUAAAAACCUACAAAGCAUGAUUUCACAUUACAAACAGAUUAUCGAUGAUACGGAAGGUAUGCUUAACAAACUACAGAGUCACAUAGAAUCCGAGGAAACAAGAUGGCAGUCGCAACUUCGACAAAAAGAAAACGAAGUGGUGAAUCUUAGAGUAGAACUUAACAAUAUGCAAGCCAAAUUAAUUGCAAGCGAAGAGCAGAGGGUGAGAGAGACAGAAGAUCAUGCAGAACAGAAUCGCGUUGAAAAAUUACUUAAAACCGCGGAAAAAGGUACUCUUGGAGAACUAGAUAGUCAUGAACUGGCCACUUUAGAACAAUUACAAGAGGAGAAGGCUAGAUUAUCGCAGGAGCUGGAAGUAGAAUGCAGUAAAAGGGCGACAUUGGAUGCUGAAGUUACGAAAUUACGUUCCCUUGUUGAAACUAGCGAAACGAGUUUAGCAUACGAAAAAAGUCUUGUCACGCAGCUUCAACAGGAAAUGUCCCAACUUAAGAACGAAAUUUGCGGUGGCUGUAGCAGCUCAGAGCAGUCUAUGCUGAAUGGUCCUCCUACAUCAGAUUCUCUUCAAUCCGAGCCUCCCCUAUCGUCUGACGCUCUGAUAGCUGCAUUAGAAAGUACUCUGCUCAAGAAUACAGAGUUUGCAAACUGUUCCAUAACCAAGCCUGUCAAUUUGGUCAGUCAGUCUGAACAAGAAAUUGAGAACAGCUCCCUUACUACAAAAUACUCCUCCAAAUCUUGUCAUAUGACAGAUCACAACACACAGGCUAAUUGGAACCAGCAACAUAAAAAGCACAAGAAAAAGAGGAAGGGUGGUUCAGGAAAAAAAUAACUUCGAAAAAUAAGCUGCGUUAGUGCAGUGCAUUUACUGACUGUUUAAAAGAGAUGGGAUGCAGCACUGCUAUAUAGAUAUAAAUGGCAUACUUUGCUACUCAGAAGACUAAAUAUAAAGUGAAAAUAUUACGGAUAAUGUUUAUUGUAAAAAAAAUACAAAAUAUCAUAUUUUAUUAUGUGGAAAAAACUAUAGAUAAUUAAACUCGUAGCGAUUAUAAAUGGAAAAUUUUGAGAUACUAGCGCAUGUGAUGGUUAUAUAAUUUAUAAUUAUUAAUAGCUAUACAAUACACAAAUGUAAAGGUUAUCAAAAUUGUGCGUUACAAAUUGCCGAUAUUAAUUGUUUAUAGAUUCUAUAAACUGUAACAAUUAAUAAAUUUUAAUUAUGUUAUGCGAAAAGUAUAAGAACAUCACACUCACAGCAUGUUCUUGCAAUUCGAGAAAAAUUGUAUAAUUAAUUGAUUAAUGUAAUUCCAUGACUUCAUAUUACAUAUUAUGAUAUUGA